AUGAUCCAGAAUACCACAAUCACAUUAAAGACUUUGACCGCACAUGAGCUUCUGUGUUCCCGGGAAAACGUGUGUGAGCUGUUUGGCCUAUUAGACGACUCAGAGCGUAGCUCGUUGCUGAUUGGCGACGACCGCGAAGGCCAGCUCACCGCGCUCAAGACCAAAUUGGAGGAACUGAAAAAACAAGUUGAGCAAGCGAAAACGAGUCUCAAUGAAUGA